UGUCGCUAUCGAUCAAUGCUCUACGUGUCAUCAGUCAUUAUAGGUCCGUCGGUGCAAACAUAACAAUCGUAGUUUGUAUACUGUACGAAUCAGUCGUGCUGUAUUUACGACGAUCUUCAAUCAAUAACAGGUAGGUGUGCGUGCGUAUGAUAGGUAUUUAGUUUUCAAGAUCGUUCUACACGUUAGUAAAAAAAAAAAAAAAUGUGCAACGACGACUCCGCGACCAAAAAUAACUGCAGAGAUCCGAAUUUCGGGACCAAACUUGUACACGCAGGACACAACCCCGCAGAGUGGACUUACAAAGAUGUAGUGCCACCGAUUGCGAUGAGCACGAUAUUUAAUUCGCCGUCGCCGGGAGUAAUCGAAGGCUACGAGUACACGAGAUGUGGUAAUCCCAUACGUUCGGUCUUGGAAAAAUGUCUGAUAGCACUAGACCACGCCAAGUACGCGUUGGCCUACAGCUCCGGUAUGGCUGCCAUCUCGUCCAUGGUGAAUUUGUUAGCUCCCGGUGACCAUCUAUUGUGCAGCUCCAAUGUGUACGGUGGCACGCAUCGGCUGCUGAACAAAGUGGCCAAGCAGGCGGGUAUCUUGUUUGACUUUGUCGACUUUUCCGACACGGCGAAUAUCAUCUCAAAUAUAAAACCCAAUACAAAGCUCGUUUGGUUCGAAAGUCUAUCAAAUCCUUUAAUGAGCGUACUGGACGUACAAAAAGUGUCUGAAGUCGUUCACAAGAUUCGAGCAGAUAUUAUAGUGGCUGUUGACAAUUCAUUUGUGACCCCCUAUUUUCAGAGACCAUUGGAUCUAGGCGUUGAUGUAAUAAUGUAUUCGUUGAGUAAAUAUAUGAACGGACAUUCAGACGUAAUAAUGGGAGCACUGGUUACUAACAACAAGAACUUGUAUGAUAAAUUAUACGUUUUUCAAUACACGUGUGGAAACGUACCGUCGUCGUUUGACUGUUACAUGGUCAAUCGCGGGCUGAAAACGUUGCACGUGCGCAUGGAGCAGCACAUGAAGAACGCUACGGCGGUGGCGGAGUACUUGGAAUCGCAUCCGAAAGUGCUCAGAGUUAACUACAUGGGCUUACCCAAUCAUCCGCAACACGAAAUUAUCAAAAAACAGUUUACCGGACACAACGGCAUAGUGUCGUUCUACAUCAACGGAGGAAUCAAAGUUAGCACAAAGCUGUUGGAAUCACUGAAGUUGUUCUCCAUCACAUGCAGCUUGGGCUGUUACGAAAGUUUAGCUGCUCUACCGUGAGUACCCUAACCUAUGCCACGGAUAGUUUACUGUGUUUACCUACACAUUACGGGUAUGGUCGAAUUGCACUUGAGUUUAAAAAAGAUAAUGGUCAAACUGCACUCGGGUAAAAAUCAGGUAGUGGUCGAACUGCACUUGGGCUCAAAAAAAGGAUUUCAACAAAAUGAUCAUAAAAUUUGAAAGGGUUAAAGAUUUAGUAAACACUUAUUUUCCUUUCCACUUACAGGCUUAGGACUAACAAUAA